ACAUUUCCGAACUAAUUCUAGGAGGUCUAAGUCCUACAAUCCAGCCACGACUACGAAGAGGACACUUUUUUUUUGGAUCUUGGAGCUAACAGCAGACAGAACCAGCCCCCAGACCGUGAGUUGAUAAAACACCGGUCCACUAGCAGACGUUCAGACAUGCAGGUGUACAUCCUUCUGCUGGUGCUGGCGUCGUGUCUGCUGGGGUCAGCUGACCAUGACGGGUGUGAGAGCAAGCAGGCCUCACCUGUGGGCCAGGCCCAGGUGGUCUAUGAGUGGGUCAGCGUGGAGUAUGAGUGGCCCACCGAGGCGAUGCGGGCCCAGUAUGUGGCGGACGGCCGGUUCGUUGUCUCGCAUAAUUACCUGUCGGCCGUCAAGACGCACAGGGACAAGGUUUACGUGACCGUCCCCAGGCUGGGCUACACCACGGGCGUCCCGUCCACCCUCAACGUUCUGGUAACCAGUGGCAACAAGACUCUACUGAGGCCUUUCCCCAGCUGGGAGGCUCAGGAGCUGGGCAACUGUAAUGCCAUACAGUGUGCAAUGAGUAUCGAAAUCGACCCCAUCACUGAGUUUAUCUACGUCAUCGAUCCAGGCCGACCGGUCAUCUUGGGAAACACGACCAAGAUCCCUGGGGUCACCUACUGUCCAGCUAAACUUGUCGUCUAUAACCUCAGAGACGGAAGUUUAGUCCGGAGACAUUUUUUCCCAGAAGACCUAGUCAUCAAGGAGACGAACUUCCUCAACGACAUCGUCAUCGACAGGGGGAGCCGCUACUCCCUCUCGGCCAGGCACGUCUACAUCACCGACGCCAUCGACUCCAAGCUCAUCGCCUUUGACCUGACCUCCAACAGGACCUCCAUCUUCCAGCACCCCAGCAUGGACGCCGAGCUGGGGGACGGGGCGGAUAUCACCGUCAACGGGGUCAAGUACACCAUGAGGAUCCCCAUCGACGGGCUGGCCAUCUCUAAAGACUUCCACUACGUGUAUUACUGCGCGCUGGGCAGCAAAAAAUUAUACCAAGUACCGUCUCGAGCUUUGAGAGAUUCAAGACUCAGUUUCGCUUCUCAUGUCAGAUACGUCGGAUCGAAAGUUUCUCAAACAGGCGGAAUGACGUACGGAACGCAUAAUUUGUAUUUCGGAGCGUUGGGUGAAAACGCCGUGUACAGAUGGGACUUUGAUUACGACAAGGCUCGACAAAACGCUCACGACGACGAGGUGGAGAUGAAGACGCAGACGCUGAUCGCGAAAGACGAUGCCAGGAUGCAGUGGCCGGACUCGUUCACCAUCGAUGACCACGGCUACCUCUGGUUUUCUGCCUGCAAGGCUCAACUGUUUCUCCGUGGGGGUAUGGACUACACCGGUAACAGCGGCCCGAAUUAUAGGAUUUGGAAAGUGAAGAUUUCGGAAGAGAGUUAUCUCUACUCUCCGUAUGCUGCGGCGGUGGUCAUAGGGAAAUAGCUGGUCAACUUUGUGAAGGAUAAUGUGGUUGUUGGGAUGUAUAUUUGAGUAGAAAUAAUAUUGUAAUUAAAUGUAAAUUUUGUAAGAUCUGAAUAGAAUCAUUAUGAAGUGGUGUAUUAAAAAUAGAAUAAAAUAUGUAUUGGAUAAAUGUGUUGGCGU